AUGGGGCCGACUACGGCACCCAAGGAGCUCAACAACCACGAUACCAUGUCUCUGACAGCAACAGACCCUGACGGCCCUUCUGUUGACGCACAAAGAAACCCGGAGACUGAUGUAGAGAAGACGGUGGUGGCGCAGCUAGAUCCGAGCACUGCUGAUUCGCAGUGGGAUGGACCAGACGACCCCGGAAAUCCCUUGAACUGGCCAGCCAGGAAGCGAAACGCCCAGGUCAUUGUGGUCGCUGGACUCAUGCUGGCCGUGAAUCUCGCAUCCACCAUGUUUGCCCCAGCCGCCGGUCAGCUCAUGGACGAGUUCGGAUUCACCAGCCACGCGGUGGCGUCGCUGACCGUGUCGAUCUAUGUCCUCGGCUUUGCCCUGGGCCCUCUGCUCUGGGCGCCCUUGUCCGAGAUGUACGGGCGGCUCGUCGUCUACCUCGUUUCAACCGUCUUGUUCCUCGCCUUCCUUCUCGGCACCGCCUUUGCGGCCAACCUCGGCCAGUUCAUGGCAUUCCGGGUGUUGAGCGGCGGAACCGGAGGGGCCAGUCUGGCCUUAUGCGGUGGUACGCUCGCCGACGUCGUCCCCAGAGAGCACCGGGGGAAAUGGAUGUCCUUGUUUGUGCUGGGCCCUCUCUUGGGACCGAUCAUAGGCCCCGUCAUGGGCGGCUUCAUCGCACAGGACGUUGGCUGGCGCUGGGUAUUUCGCGUCAUCGCCAUUGCGACUGGCGUGUGCCUCGCUCUGAUAUUUGCCUUUCUGUGCGAAACAUUCGCGCCAGUCCUCCUCCGCCGUAAAGCGCGGGCGCGGGCGCGAGCACAAGCCAAAGACGAGCCUGAGCCCGCGACUUAUGUCGAGAAGCCAGAUAUCGGGGCUGAGCUCCGACGAGGAAUUGUGCGGCCGCUGAAACUUCUGGUGUUAUCGCCCAUCGUACUACUCCUGUCGUUAUACACGGCCUUCUACUUCGGGCUUAUAUUUCUCCUCUUCACCACCUUCUCCACCGUCUACAUGGACCAGUAUGGCUGGUCGACGAGCAUCUCCGGCCUGUCGUACCUCGGCAUGGGCGUGGGCAUGGGGGCCGGCUUGGCCGCCCAGGCCCGACUCAGCGACCAGUUCAUCAGGCAGCGCACGGCCAAGAACGGCGUGUCCAAGCCGGAAGACCGCCUCGUGCUGAUGGCCAUCAUGUCGCCGUCCAUCCCCAUCGGCAUGUUCUGGUACGGAUGGGCGGCCGACAAGCAGACACACUGGAUCGUGCCCAUCCUCGGCACCGUCUUCAUUGGCGUCGGCAUGAUCUUCACCAUGCUGCCGGUUCUGGUCUACCUCGUCGACUGUUUCGGCGCCGAAGCCGCCGCCUCCGCCAUGGCCGCCAACACGUUCAUGCGUUCCAUUGCCGGCGCAUUCCUCCCCCUGGCCGGUCCCGCCCUCUAUGAAGCCCUCGGCCUCGGCUGGGGUAACAGUCUCUUGGGCUUCCUAGGCCUGGCGAUGCUGCCCAUUCCGUGGGUCUUCUACCUCUACGGCGAGAAGAUCAGGCUCAGCCGCAAAAUAACCCUCUAG